CAUCCCAAAAUAAAAGGAGAAUUCAUGACUUGCUCAAAUGAUGCGACUGUAAGGCUCUGGGAAGUUGAAAAUCCAAAGAAGCAGAAAAGUGUUUUUAAACCUCGGACAAUGCAGGGUAAAAAGGUCAUUCCCACGACGUGUACGUACAGUAGAGAUGGGAACCUUGUUGCAGCUGCCUGUCAGAACGGAAGCAUACAGAUCUGGGACCGGAACCUGACAGUUCAUCCCAAAUUCCACUAUAAACAGGCCCAUGACCCUGGUACAGAUACUUCUUGUGUGGCUUUUUCCUAUGAUGGUAAUGUCCUUGCCUCUCGUGGAGGUGAUGAUACAUUAAAAUUAUGGGACGUCCGACAAUUUAAUAAGCCAUUAUUUUCAGCCUCAGACCUUCCCACCUUGUUCCCAAUGACCGACUGCUGUUUCAGUCCUGAUGAUAAACUCAUAGUCACUGGUACCUCUGUGCAAAGGGGAUGUGGCAAUGGCAAACUUGUCUUCUUUGAGCGCAGGACUUUCCAAAGGGUGUAUGAAAUUGACAUCACAGAUGCGAGUGUUGUCCGCUGCCUGUGGCAUCCAAAGCUGAACCAGAUCAUGGUUGGAACUGGAAAUGGAUUGGCAAAAGUGUAUUACGACCCCAACAAAAGCCAGAGGGGAGCAAAAUUAUGUGUGGUUAAAACCCAGCGGAAGGCCAAACAAGCUGAGACACUCACCCAGGACUACAUCAUCACGCCUCACGCCUUGCCCAUGUUCCGUGAGCCCCGCCAACGAAGUACGAGGAAACAGCUGGAGAAGGACAGACUGGACCCCCUGAAGUCACACAAGCCAGAACCUCCUGUAGCAGGCCCAGGUCGUGGUGGCCGAGUUGGAACCCAUGGGGGCACCCUGUCGUCCUACAUUGUGAAAAACAUUGCUUUGGACAAGACUGAUGACAGUAACCCUCGAGAAGCCAUUUUGCGUCAUGCCAAAGCAGCCGAAGAUAACCCAUAUUGGGUUUCGCCGGCGUAUUCCAAAACUCAGCCUAAAACCAUGUUUGCCCAACCCAUUGUGGAAUCUGAUGAUGAAGAAUCAAAGAAUGAACCAGAAUGGAAAAAACGAAAAAUUUGAAGAAUCUCGUUUAAGAGCUGUUUGCAUGGUGCAAGAGGAUAGGGUGCAGUGUCCCGCCCCGCCCCCCCCCAGUGCUUAUGAAAUAAAAAAUACAUUUUUUCAAAAAAAAAAAAAAAAGAAAAGAAAUAAAA